UUCUAUUCGCUUGCUCUUUGUGUUUAUCUAAUUUAAUUUUUCUGUUCCAUUUGUAUUUUAUUGAAUCUGUUAAAUUAUUUCUUUUUUGAUCUCAACUGAUCGUUUGUGUAUCUCAUUCUUUUAUUGUUUGGUGCUGUUUCAUUUGGCUCUUUAGCUCUUCAUCUUUGUCUCUCGAUUUUUUUUAUAGCUCUCACUGUCUCUCUUUCUUUGAGUCUGUGUGUGUGUCUCUCUCUUUCUCUGUGUCUCUGACUUUGUGUCUUCUUCUUUUUUUUUAAAUUAAGAAUAUGAGUCAAACGGAAACCAUGGAAAAAGAGUUUUCUGAGACGGAAUUGGCGGGCGGUGAAAGUUUGAUUGAAGAUGAGGAUUUGUCAGACGAAGAGUAUGUUGAGGCUCUUGGUGAACACGAUGAAGAUGGUAAUGAAAUUGUCUCAAAGAAAGUUAAAUCACCUGUUUCAUCACCCAUUCAUCAGCAGAAGAAAGAUUCUGGUAAAGAUGUUAAAACUGUGAAGAAAAGUGAAAAACCAGCAGACGAGAAACAUGAUGUUGUUGCCGUAGCUUCUUCUUCUUGUAUUGUUGAUACUGAUGUUAAUGCUACUGAUAAAGAAAAAGAGACAAGCGAAAAAGAUGAAGCCAUUUUAAAAGCCAAAGAUGAUAAGGAUACUAAUGAUGAUAUUGAUCAAAAUGAUGAUAAUGUGAUGGAUAAGACUCAAGUCAAUUUGGGUGAUGAUGAUGAUGAGGAUGAUAAUGAAGAAGAAGUAGAAGGUGGAGAAAUUGAAAAAGAGGAAAACGAAGAUGAGGACGAAGAACAUGAAGAUGAAGAAAAUGAAGAUGGAGAUGAUGGUGAAUCUAUCGAAGAUGAAAAUGAAGCUGAAGAUGAUCAGGAAAAUUCUGAUCUUUCCAAACAAGCUAAUAAAGAAUUGGAUGAUGAUGAAGACAGAAGAAAUCCUCAAUAUAUACCAAAGAGAGGUGCUUUCUAUGAACAUGAUGAUCGUUUAGGAACUGAUGAUGAAGAAGAAGACGAAGAAAAAGAACCAGAAAAGGCUGAAGUUUCAGUUGAAAAGAAACCGGAAAAUCCUGUGGUUGAAAUAAGAAAAGCUAAAAAGCUUUGGUCCGAUGAUGCUAAAUGGGGUCAUGAUAUGUUUGAUGAUGAUGAACAGAGGCCCAAACCUAGAGACGAAAUUGUUUCUACCUAUGGUUAUGAUAUAAGAAGUGAAGAUGGUCCACCCAAAGCAAGAAGACGCCGUCGAUAUGGUCGAGGUCCAAAUAGAUACACUCGAAGUUGGAAAGAUGAAGGUGCUUAUUCCAAACCUAAUGAGGCCCCAGCUCGAGAAAAGGCCAAACCUGAAGCUAAUGAUAACCCGAAAAGGGAGAAAGAGCCAAAUAGACCUUUUAUCACAAAAGAUGCCAGUGAAAAGCCCAUCGAUAAUAAUAGAAGUGGUGCUAAAGGUCAACAACAACCACUAGCACAACCACAACAACAACAACGACGUACUGAAUCUAAAUCAAUAGCAAUGGAAGGAAGUGAUCGUAAAAGACCACAACGUGAAAGAGACACAAGAGAUUCGCGAGACACAAGAGAUUCACGAGAUACAAGAGAUUUACGUGGUCAACAACAACAACGUGAUAAUGAUCGUAAUCGAGAUCGUAGGAGAAAUAGUUCCAAUAAUAAUAUGAGCCCCGGGCCCUCUAAAGAUCUAAGAGAGUUUAUUAAUAACAAAAAUGAAAGAUUAGCUGGAGUUGGAGGUGGAGAUGUUAGAAGAAAUCAAAAAAAUUUCUUUGAAAAUGAUUUUCCUGAACUUCCACAAAACAGUAAAGAUAAAAUGAUGAUGAGACAACAGCAUCAUAAUCAACAAUUACAUCAUCAGCAACAAUCAAGUGCAACAGGAGACACAAAUCAACCCAAUGCUUGGAGUAAAUCACGACCAAAGCAUUCAGAUGCUAGAGAAACUAUUCGAGGAGUUGAAAGCUCAUUAGAUUACAAAACGGAACCCUUAAGGGUACCCGAAUCUUUUGACAAUAAACACCGAUCAUUUAAUCUUUCCGAGACAAAUCCCAAGAUCGAGAUCGUUAAAACUCAAACUUUUGAAAACUCACGUUACUUUAAUAGGCGACCAUUAACCAAAGGAAGCGGAAGUCAUCAUCCAGAGCCAUCGAAUAAUAUUAAAAAAGAUCUGUCAAUCCAUAGGAAUAAUAGAGGACGAACAAGACCAACCGGUGAACGGGAUUUUAGAAGUGAAGUUGGUCGACCGAUAACUAAAACAAGUCAUUUGACUGAUGAUUAUGAAGAUGGUGGUAAUAGUAGUGGAAAUAAUAUGGAACAGCAACAAAGAAGAAAUCGUUACAAUGUUAAUAAAGAGAGAGAAUAUCGAGGUAAUCAUCAUGGUCCAGAUGAUCGUGAUCGACGUGGAGAUUCAGAUCAGAGAGGAGGGCGAAGUUAUCUUGACGAUAGACAUUAUGAGAGUCAAUUUAAUGAUAAUCAAAAUGACAUCUCAGGUGGUCUGAAUAAAUUAACACUAAUUGACAAAGGUAACAAUCGAUUAUCAUCUUCAGAGGUAAAUGAUUCAAAUAAUUUAUCCAAACCUAAACGAUACUCAUCAUUACGCCAACAUCAAGCUCAACAGCAACAGUCAGAACCUUUGUCACAACAUCAACAACUUAAACAACAACCUCAACCCUCACCAAAUCAGCAACAAUCAACACGAGAUGUACAUCAAUCAAAUUCAACUCAAUAUCCAUCUACUUCUCAACAUUUAAAUUUGAAUCAUCCAAGACAGUCAACCAAUGUUCAAUACUAUGAGGCAGCAACCGGUGCCAAUCCACAGGCAGCACCACCACCACCACAACCCCCAGCCAGUUAUUACAUUGACAAUCGGUCACCACAAUCAUCAUUUGGUUUCAUACCCUCAACCAAUAUUGAAGGAGCUUCAAAUGCGACCCGUUUCCUUUCACAAAUUGCCCCUCGUUUUAUUCCACCUCCAACCGCUCCACCACCCACAGCUCCUGAACCAAGGUUCAUGGCUCAAGCGGUCGCCGCUGCCGCAGUCGCUGCAAACCCUGCAGCAGCCGGAGCAGGUACUAUGCCCCCUGUGAUCCCUGGUCCACCAGCAGCUACUUACUUGCCAACCUAUCCACCCGGUUAUCCACAAUAUCCACCUCCACCUCCACAAACUGCAGCCCAAUUCACAAUAGCUCCCCCUCCACCUCCACCACCGCCACCAGCUCCUGAAAUGUAUCGCGGAGGUGUCACUUACUACGAUACAAUGACUCAACAAGUUAGCCCCCGACAAUUACCCCAACGAAGGCCUAAAAACGCCUUACCCAUUGUACCACCACCAGAUUUACGUAAUAAUCCCGAUGGAACAGUAGAUAACCAAGGAUAUGAAGUCGAUGAAAAUGAUUUGAAUCAAAACGUUGAAACAAUUACCUGUUAAAAAUCAUUGAUUUGAUGACAAUAAGUAAUCAAAUCAACAAAAAAAAAAGUAAAUUCAAAAGAACAAACAAAUUUAAACAACAACAACAACAACAACAAAAAAGAAUAGGAAAAAAACGUAAAUCCAAAAAAUCAACAAAAAAUUUCUUAUUACAUUUAUGGAUAAAAAAAAACAAAUCUUAAGAUAAACAAGAGACUAAAUCAAAACAAAAUUUAAAUCGACGAUUAAAUCAACUCUUCAAUCAACAAACGAGAAAAAAAAAUCAUAAACAAUUAAUUUCUUUUUUUUUGAGUUGCUUGAUUAAAAAUUUGAAAAUAAAAUAUUGUAUCUUGACAUUAUCGAAAAAAAA